AUGGCUCAAAAACAAGACCCUACGCACGACAAGCUGUCCUUGGAAGCUGAAGAUCUACCAAACCUUGGUAGCGGGGACAUUUACUUUCGAAACCCACAGUCUGAUGAAGAUGUCACCUCACAUGACUUUCAUGAUCCGGAGCUCGGCUUCUUAUUCGACGAGCGUUUUAUAAAUCUCACGGGCGAAACUCUUGCCCCAUCUCAGCCACCUUGCUCCGAUUCUGGUUCACCUCGGUCACCUUGCUCCGAUGUUGGAUCUACCGCGGAGCAGAAGCAACGGGCGGAGAAAGAGAUCAAGGCCAGAUUCAUGAGUAGCAGUUCCCGAGAUCAAAGUAUUCACGGGCCAUAUAUCGAUGAGCCGGACGCCAGCAUACCGGCCUUAGGAAGGGAUGCUGGGAUCACAAGGUGGCUCGAGGAUGUACUACCAACUAGUCCAGACUCUCUACCCCCAGAGGUACCACCGACGUCCUUCGACACGGCGAACUUUCUAAGGGAAGUUCCACUGGGCAACUCGACACGAAACAACACUUUGUCCAAUCAGCUCUACUUUGUCGAGGGUGGCGGCCCAGUCACAAUGAUGGAUGUGCAGCUCAUGCAUCAGUCUAAUACCUUUUGGAAUGAUCCGCCGAUUUGUCCCAGCAUAAUCAACAACGCCGACGACAACCGUGUACAGCCAAAGACAUCAGCGGAUGCCAUGUGGAGGUUCGAGAGGCUCUGUCGCAAACUCGAAAGUAGCAGUUGCUCGAAGGCAUCUACAUGUGGUACUAGACGAGGUUCUUUGCCAGAUCUCGCACCUGACGAGCUCACUAUGGGGAAUGUUCUUAUGAAGACCUCUAGCGGGCCCUACUCUGGAGGCUCUAAUGGGAAGAUUUCUAUCAUAGGCACUCUACGCUAUGCCUCAACGCUAUCUGAGAAAGGAAUGAAGCGAAAGAGGAACGACGAUGCACCAGAAUUGUCAGCCUCGUAUGCUAACCCGAGGUUGGAAAUGACGAGGAGGAGGUCUCAGGAAAUUGAACGAUAUUCGGAAAUCCGCAAGACUCAGAAUUACCCAGAUCCCUCCAUUUUGAGUCUUGACGAUCCGGGACCUGCGCAAGAUGACCUUCCGGCCAUCUUCCCUGGAGAAACUGCAACUUCAGCCCUGUUCCUGCCCCAUACCUCGACUCAGAUACCACUACCUACUGCUGCCAUCCCAUCAUCACGAGCUGACAAGGGCAGAGAUGAGGAUCAUACUGCCAUGCUAUCCCAGGCCAGUGUGCCUGUAUCACGUGAGGCCCCAGAGCAUCCCGCCCUAGAGCAAGUUGGGUUCGCCAGGUUGCGCGUGGAUAUUGUUUCUUUAUCGAAACGACUCCAAAUCACCUGUCAAAAUGAUGGUUCAGAUGCCUCCUUAUCUGAUGGUGAGGAUGAGACUGGUUGUAGCCAAGCGAAUCGCGAUCCGUCAAGUGCUCCAGGCGGUACUCCACUUGCCAACCCAGAAACCGGGACAUCUUCGGGGCAGCCUGACAGCAACCGUUCCCGAGACCGCAGUCGCGACGAGGAUUCUAACGAAGAUGGUGGUAGAGGACAAAAGAGACGACGCAUGUGUGCCACUUCUGCAUGUGAGCGACCAAGUAAUCUCCCACGGUUUGCCUGUCCUUAUCAGGCCUACGAGAAACAUCUGGGGUGUCUUAGAAAAAGACACAACAACCCCGAAGGCGGUUGCAAGAACAUGAGUCGCUUAAAACAACAUUUCAAUCGACGACAUAUGAUGACAACUCGAUGUCCACGAUGCUGGGUAUCCUUCGACAGUAAAGCCCAGGAAAGGAGUCAUCAGGAGAAGGAGAAAUGCGUGGAGAGAGAAAAGCCUACAAGUGAGCGAUUCAUGAGCACCCAACAUGAGAAGGAGUUGGAAAGCGGCAACCAGUUUGAGUCUGAAGAGGCACAGUGGUGGCACUUUUUCCAACUCCUCAUUCCGAAUCAGUAUAAUCGAGAACUUUCGGAACUGAAGACCCAGUUCUCUCCAUAUUAUGUUGAUCCCGAUAUAAUCCUCACAAUCCCGGCACUAACGUUCACCAAUCCGGUUUUCAACUCAGGUGGUCUAUCAGCACCACCAGGCACUUCAGCCUGGUCACACAAUAGCGCAGAUCUCUUAGCGUCUUCGACGCCCUUCAACAUCCCUCAAUCCUCACCAAGCGAGCCCGCCGCGCUCUUUUCACAAGACUUCUCUAUGCCAUUGUAUCAAGGCUCCGCUCAGUCAUUAGGAGUGUACACCCCUCUGGAGCCGAUUUGGGACGACAACACUCAUGCAUGCUCAACGCUGGACCCGGCCUUGGAUAUGUUGAAUACAUCUACCAUACCGACGUCCAGUUCAUCAAUGCCCAGUCAAGCGCGGGCAAAUGAUAGCCGGAACGACACGGCAUCGCAUUCGCAGGGCCAGAACCGCACGCAGCGGAAUUACGACCGCCUGAGACAACAACGAUUACGAGCGGAAACUGAGAACAGACAAUUGAGGGAGCGCCGAGAUGCCAACAGGUCCGAUGUCGAUCGCGCCCACGAGAUUGUGGAUGAAAUUCUCUGCCAGGAGCAAAUUCCAGAGGUACUCUAUGCGAAAAUUUCACUGUUGUCUGAUAUACUAGAAACGAUCAGGGGACGUUUGUAG